AUGACUGAGACCAGUGAUGAUGAUAUUUCUCUCACCUCGACUGUCCCUAGCCCACCGAAAGAGAACUACUAUGUGGAUACCAUCCAUGCUGAGCGUGAGACUUCGCAGGGAAUCGAAUAUCUCGUAGGAUGGGAAGAUUAUCCUAUCGAGAGGAGUAGUUGGGAGACGGCUGCCCAGUUUGAUGAUGAGCAGACUCUGCUCGACUGGGAGGAGAAAAAAAGAGAGAUUGCAGCAGGAAGGCUGCAAGAGUUUGAUGUCGCUGAUUUCAACAGACGUCUGUAUGAAGCUGAACAAGCCCGCCAAAAACGAAAGCACAAGCGACAUUUGACGAGAGAAGAGCUUGCGAAAGGCCAGCUGGGGCUAUCAAACACCGGUUUAUUCAGCUCCACGUCAAAUAGCUCUGGGUUCGCAGAUUCUGAUGUAACGCGGAAUCCUUGUGCUCAUACUGCAAACGCAUACUCAAGCAGAGCGACAAACCAGUCCCAGGCCGGGCCUGCCCGUUCUCAAUCUAUACGUGGUGAGCUAACAAGACCACCCCUAGUUGGAUUUGGGACUGGUCGUGGUGGCAUAAUUCGCUCUCGUCCUCCGAGAACCUAUGAUGCUGAUCCCUCUGCUCCCCCCAAGAGGUUCAAGCUUCUGUCAACGAAAAACAGAUAUGAGAAGGCAAGGGCUUAUGAGCCCGCUCCAGACGUCAACAAACUUGAGCUUAUGAGGCCAUCAGAGUGGUCCUCUACUCCUGCCAUCUAUUCAGCCAAUCCUGGACCUCAGCAUCAUACCAGCCUCAAGGAGCAGGAGCCAGGUGAAAGCCCAAGAAGGAUGAUUAGUGAUGUCACUGAUAUUGACACGCCCGUCUCUCAGCCUCAGCAAUCUCGCUUGAUUGAUUCGAAUAGGUCAAACCAUACUUCGCCUCUUUCCGACAGGCCUCGCCGUUUGUUUGACAGAUCACGAGACCUCUAUCUCCCACGGCGAAGGCCUGGUCCUGAGGCUAAGUGGAUCAAAGGGGAAAGGGGAAGUUAUUUUGUCAACCCCAGAGAACUUCUAUGUUCCUUAUAUUAUGGGCCUGAUAAAAGGGAGAUUGGUGAAGUUAGGAUGUGCGGUUUAGACAAUAUCAGGAGAAGCAGAUUUCUUAGGACCAAGAAAGGUCACGCCCUCGAAAUCUGGUUUCAACACCUCUGUAACCUUACAGACUACAAUAAUCUGUGCAAAAAUACACCAAAUGAAAAAUUUUGGAAUGGCUGGGUCGAGGGGUUUGACAGUUCUGAACCAGACAUCUAUCGCUUUGGGAAAGAGCUCAGCCAAAGAAAUCUGGUGGCUAUAUGUAUUCCUGAAAUACAGGGCCAUGAUGUAUUACUUGCAUAUCCACCAGAUUCCGAGGAUUUUGGUUUCUUGGAUGGGGACUUUAGAGGCCCUCGUGACAUCUUUCUUCAUACUGCCGUGAGAAGUCCGUUAGGACCCAUUGGGGGACUGGCUCUUGGUAUACAAGGACAAUGUGGUCACCUGACAGAAGCAACUACAGAGAUAGUGAAUUCUUCACAUACUAACACUGUUUUUGCAAACAAACAAGCAUCUGAGGCUCAAAGAGAGCGGGGAUUUUUAAACCAAGAAAAUGGACCUUGGAUUAUCGAGGGCUCUAAUGCACGCAUAGGCCUGGAACCGAGACCGCACGCAAACACAGCUACAUCACUGGUGAAUCGUCGCACUUCUAGUGAUUCAAUACCAGUUCUGCAGAGGAGGGCAUCUGGAAUCGACCACAUGGAUAUUGACCAGGGUUCUAAAGACCCCACGGCUGCUGCUAAUAGCGAUAAAAGGCAGCCACCAUUGGGCAUUCAACUUCCUUUUGACUUGGACCAUGAAUUCGAGAAGAGAUUCGGGGUGACGUUCCAGACCUUGGCAACAGUGGCAGAGAAACGUUUAGCAGGGUCCUUCUGUGUACUGUUUCCACAGGGCCCCGGGGGCAUUGAAGAAUGCCAAGCGGUUGUUGAAUUUCUCAAAGCUCACAAUAGUGACAAAUACAGGGCUAUUAUUUACUCUAACCGCACUCCCGAAGAUUGGGAAAAGUUCACUCAAGCGAAGAAUGGAGUCAUCCUGGUUCAUGAAAGCUUUCUGGAAUUCUACAAGCUGCAGGACCUUAAUAACUUAUGUCGCCAGUCCACAUUCAACUUUUGGUGCUUCUCUUUGAACAGAGAAUUAAGUGAUAAUCAGCCGUAUUUCCGACGUAUGCUCCAAACGGGCGGAGUUAUUUUGAUUACUGGAGACUACAUACUGAGCGAUCCGAGAGGUACUGUCGUUGUACUAUCUUGGUUUGAAGAGUAUGCGAAGGGCAAGUAUCCGGGAACAUGGAAGCUAAUGCUGCCCCCGGACGUAUUAAAUUGGGUGCAAAAGCAGAUUGAGGUCACCGUGAACUCAAAUUUUCUUUGGCUCACAAUGUACCACCUCAUUCUGCGAAUUACCGCCCUCGGAGAUGCGAAGUCCCGGAAUAUCCUCACUGGCGCAGAAGCCGGCUAUACACCAAACACGGUCAUCUCUCCUUCGAAACUGCCAGGAUAUGGUUUUCGUACAGAUGACGAGAUCCCAGAUAUCCCUAAAAACAAAACUCUAACCCAAGAACAGCGAAAUGCUGAUCACCUCAUUGAGUUUUACGCUGGCUGGGCCCUGAUCAACUGUUACCAGUUCCGAAAGUUCCUCGUGCUCACAGCCUCCACGCUUCCACGUUGGGAUGAAUGGCAACAUUUACAAAUCUACGUGGGCUCCUCAGCAAUCAUGAAAUCUCUGGAAAUCAACUACAAGUGGCACUGGGAAAAGCUUAAGCAAUCUGCGAGAUCGAAUCCCCACUCAGAGAGGAGUUCUCAGACCCCUUUUACACCCCAAACUCCUAGGGCUGGUUCUCUGAGCGAGUCAGCUACUUCUAGAGCGACGUCAUCCUAUAUCCCUCCCCUCACGCACCACUAUCCCCAGCCAUAUCAGUGA